AUGGAGAAAGGAUCACCCUGCAAGAGCAUCCUAUUGUUAUGUGGUGAUUAUAUGGAAGAUUUCGAGGCAAUGAUUCCUUUUCAAGCAUUGCAAGCUUUUGGAAUUUCUGUUCACGCAGCUUGUCCCGGCAAGAAAGCCGGUGAAUUCUGUCGAACUUCCAUUCAUAUUCUCUCUGGCAAUCAGAAUAACUUUGAGAGAAUUGGGCACAAUUUUAUACUAAACAAAACUUUUGAUGAAAUUGAGCUAAGCAAGUACGAUGGGCUGGUGAUCCCGGGAGGGCGAGCACCGGAAUAUCUUGCUGUGAAUGACUCUGUUGUGAACUUAGUGAGCAAGUUUUCAACAUUUGGUAAACCAUUGGCAGCCAUUUGCCAUGGGCCUUUGGUAUUGGCAGCUGCAGAUGCGAUUCGAAGUCGAAAGUGCACGGCUUUUCUUGAUCACAUGGAAGAUUAUCAAGUAACAGUUCCAUUUCAUAGUCUUCAAGCUCUCGGGUGCCAAGUUGAAGCAACUUGUCCUUACAAGAAGGCGGGUGAGACCUGCCUAAAUGUUGUCCAUGAUUUUGAAGAAGGGUCACAAACUUAUAGUGAAAAGCCUGGCCAACAUUUUACUGUAACACUUGAUUUCGAUAGUUUAAACGAGUUGAAGUUCGAUGCUCUUGUGAUUCCCGGAGGCCGAGCAGCAGAAGUUUUGGCACUAGACGAAAGAAUCAUCGAAUUCGUGAAAGACUUCAUGGGUUGUAACAAGCCUGUUGCAUCUAUUGGCCAUGGUCAACAAAUUUUGGCUGCUGCUGGUGUUUUGAAGGGAAGGAAAUGUACGGCACAUCCUGCAGUGAAACUGGAUGUGGUUAUGGCAGGGGGAACCUGGCUCGAACCAACUCCUGUGGACCGUAGCUUCGUUGAUGGAAAUCUGGUGACCGCAGCAACUUGGUCUGACCACCCUCAGUUCAUCUCUCAGCUCAUGGCCUUACUUGGCAUCUCUGUUUCCUUCAAUUAA